AUGAGAUCUCUGAUCGUAAUCUGUGCCUGCAUCGCCGUCUCGGCCGCCCAGUUUGGCCACUCCGGGCCCUACUCUUUCGGCUACCAGACCUCUGACGGACAGUCCCGACAGGAAUCUGGCCAUGGUGGCGCCGUCACCGGCUCAUACAGCUACGUCGAUGCCAACGGUGACUUGAGACAGGUGCGAUACGUGGCCGACGCCAACGGCUUCAGACCCGAGGGUGACAUCAGUGUCGACAAGCGUACCGCUGCCGCCGCCGCCCACUUGGCCGCCAUCGCCCCGAAAGCCCCGCUCCCGGUCGCACCCGUUGCCCCGAUCGCCCCG